ACCAAAUUAACAUGUCCUCCAUGGCUUCUCUACUUCUACUUUUUGUUCUCCUUUCUGUAUCUUUACGAACAACAGAGUCACAAAUUGGAGUAUGUUAUGGAUUGCUUGGAAACAAUCUUCCAUCUCCACCAGAGGUCAUUAAUCUGUACAACUCGCACAACAUCCGACGAAUGAGAAUCUACGAUCCUAACCAAUCAGUUCUACAAGCGUUAAGUGGAUCCAACAUUGAAUUGAUGUUAGGGGUCCCAAAUUCAGAUCUUCAGUAUGUUGCCUCAAGUCGUGACAAUGCACGAGAUUGGGUAAGAAGAAACGUUGUAAACUUUCCCAGUGUCAAAUUUCGUUAUAUAGCAGUUGGAAAUGAAGUUAAGCCAACUGAUGGUACGUUGGCUCCAUUGGUGCACCCUGCUCUGACAAAUAUCCACGAAGCCGUUGCAUUUCAUGGACUCAAGGAUCAAAUCAAAGUCUCGACUUCAGUUGACACGACUAUGAUCGGAGUCGAUUUUCCUCCGUCGCAAGGUGCAUUUAAGGGCGAUGUUAGGGCUUACAUCGACCCAAUCAUCGGGUUCCUGGUUGCUAUCAAUGCACCUUUGCUUGUCAACGUCUAUCCGUAUUUCAGUUAUUCGGGAAAUCCAAGAGACAUAUCGCUUGCCUAUGCCUUGUUUACUUCUUCGGGAACUGUAGUACAAGAUGGAUCCAACGGAUACCAGAACCUCUUUGACGCGAUAGUAGAUGUGAUGUACUCCGCAUUAGAGAAGGCUGGAGGGGCUACAGUGGAAAUUGUGAUUUCAGAAACUGGAUGGCCAUCAAAUGGUGCAUUUGGAGCAACGUUUGACAAUGCUCGCACAUACUAUACGAAUAUGGUUUCACAUGCACCACAUGGUACGCCUAAGAGGCCUGGAAGAGCCAUAGAGACAUACUUGUUUGCCAUGUUUGAUGAGAACAACAAGGAGCCUGAACUCGAGAAAAACUUUGGAGUAUUUUAUCCAAAUCAGCAACCAAAGUAUAACCUUAAUUUCAACUCGAUCCAACAGGGAUUUGAAUCUGUUUAAAGUUGAAUAUUGUGUUCGUAAUUGUACUUGAAAUUAAAUGUUUUAUGGAGGACAGAUUGGCACAAUAUUUAAGCUUCAUACUUGCUUUAAUAUUAUAAGAAUAUGAAAUACAUCGUUGUUGCUAAAA